AUGCCUCCUCUAAAAAGAAGCAACUCGUGCACAGACAUUGGAUUUACUCUCCGGCGACAAUUCCAUAAAGACGAUUUCAGACCUCACCAGCGUGAAAUCGUCGAGGCUGCUCUAGAUGGCUUUGAUGUAUACGUCCAAGCAGCCACAUCAUUUGGCAAGAGUUUGUGCUUUCAGUUACCAGCAGUCAUCGAUCAGGGCAUUACCAUCGUUGUUUCCCCCCUGCUCAGUUUGAUGAUCAACCAAGUUGAGGCGCUCAAAGCUUCUGGUAUUGAAGCAAAUGCUUAUAACAGCAUUACUCCUUAUCAAGACAAGAUUCGCAUUGAACGUGACCUUGAAAGUGGUCACCCAAGAACCCGACUACUCUACGUUACACCAGAGUUGUGCUCUUCUCCGCGUUUCCGUGAACGUCUGCAACUAGUUUACAAGCAGAAGGAGCUCGCCCGCAUUGCGAUUGACGAAGCUCAUUGCAUAUCAGAAUGGGGCCACGACUUUCGAAAAGAUUUCAAACGACUGUCAUGGUUCCGAGAUACCUUCCCAGAUGUGCCAAUUAUGUGUCUGACGGCGACUGCCAACCCGCAAGUUCGCCAGGAUGUACUGUCGAUAUUGAAACUUGACAAAACUCCCGAGAAGACAAAAGAGUUCCUGAUGAACCCUCAGCGCAAAAAUCUGCAUCUGGAAAUCCGUUACACCAAAGACGAAGAAGACAACCGCCUUAAUGAUUUUCUGCGGUGGAUCAGAAGUGUCUAUGCUCGUCGUGAAGGCAACGAAAGAAGAGCGGAACUCGAUCAAGUGAAUGAGCGUGUUAGUAAUGUCCCAGGCAUUAUCUAUACGAUAUCAAGGGAUGAAUGCGAGUCUCUUGCUGCCGCUCUUCGUGGGGAGGGCAUCGGAGCGAGGCCUUUCCAUGCCAAACUCCCUAAGGAUGUCAAAGAAGAAACGCUUGCUCGGUGGAUAAAUAAUGAAGUUGGUUACGAUAUCAUUGUUGCGACGACAGCUUUCGGUAUGGGUAUCGACAAGAACAAUGUGCGUUUUGUUGUUCACUGGCGCAUUCCCAAAUCCUUCGAGGGCUACUAUCAAGAAGCUGGUCGUGCAGGUCGAGACGGCAACGCGAGCUACUGCUUUCUCUACUACAGUCGAGAAGAUCUAGAGCGAGUGACACGAUUAAUCAGAUCGGACUCGAAAGAAGAGACGAACCAAAUUGCCAGACUGAAAAGCUUACAGGCUCUUGCUCAAUAUUGCGAAGAUACCGACAAGUGUCGGCAUGCUACUAUAUGCAAGUACUUUGGUGAAACGAGCAUGCCGGACUGCGACUUCGCUUGCGACUGGCACAAGGAUCCACAGGAGUUGGAAACGAGGUUCAUGAGAGGCUUGGCAAGCGAGGAAUGGGUGAGCACGCAGGCACAGCAAGGCACUUAUGAUAUCCCUGGAACUUAUGAUGCUUAUUAUGGUGAUUAA